AUGUCGAUCUCUCCGACCAGUUCACGUGUCUUAGUCGUGCCUCCCGACGCCGAGUCAUUGCGACUCAUUGGACAGCAUCUGGGAGCUUGGCUUGACAAGAGGCAGUCGCUCUUGCCAACAUGGCGAACAAGUUCAGUACACUUAUCAUAGACUGAACAGAUCUGGUUCCUCGCAGUCGCUUGACGAGGAUCUAGACUCUAGUGAUCAGGUGCUCGUUGCGACAGCUCGUCUUGUCCAAUGUCAACCUUCGUGCACUGCCAGUGUGGAACAACUGCAGAUUCUCUGUAAGGCUCACAACUUGCAGGGCUACUCUCUUCGGCGAUCAAAGGUUACAUAA